UCCAGUGACUGCCGAGCCUCUGAAACCCGGGCAAAGUCCGCCGCUGCUCGCUUCCUCGCUAAGCGCAACACCAAGCGCUUCUUGGCAAAUCGUCUCGCUCGUCCCAGCUCACCAGAGAUGCUCCACCGAGCCAGGCGGAGUGGUCGCGGGCCCCUGCUGCUGGCCGUGACUGCGGCGUUCUGGGUUACACCUGCGAUUCUUCACCCGCAGUGUCUGGAUUUCAAGCCCCCGUUCCAGCCCCCGAAAGAACUCACUUUCUGUGUGAUGUACAAAAACUUCGGCUGUUGCGAUUCCGAGAAAGACUCGCAGCUGAUGGCCAAAUUCUAUCGCAUCAUGGACAACUUCGACUACUACGGGUACGCCAACUGCGCCGGCUACGUGCAAGACAUCCUUUGUCAAGAAUGCUCUCCUUAUGCUGCCCACUUAUAUGAUGCUGAAGAUACGAGUACAGAACUGAAAGAGUUACCAGGUCUUUGUGGGGACUACUGCUCGGAAUUUUGGCUCAAAUGCAGGUCAGCCAUCACACUGCUCUCAGAUGAUAAAAGACUGAUAGAAGUUGAACAGGACCAGGAACAAUUCUGCCAGUAUCUACAGCUUGACGAUGUGGAUUACUGCUAUCCCCAUUUAUUGGUUAAUGACAAACUGAGUAAGAAUCUGGGACGAGUAACAUAUGAUUCUGAUGGAUGCCUACAGCUUUGUCUUGAGGAGGUUGCCAAUAGUUUAAGGAAUCCAUUGGCAAUGGUACAUGCCAAUGAUGGAACACACAGAUUUUUUAUUGCUGAACAAGUUGGUGUUGUAUGGACAUACCUUCCAGAUCGGUCAAGAUUAGAAAAACCCUUUCUAAACAUCAGCAAAGCAGUACUUACGUCACCUUGGGAAGGCGAUGAAAGAGGAUUUCUUGGAUUGGUCUUUCACCCUCAGUUCAAGUUUAAUGGGAAACUUUACGUUUAUUAUUCAGUGGAGGUGGGUUUUGACGAGAGGAUUCGAAUAAGUGAGUUUCGAAUAGAUUCAAAUGACAUGAACACUGUAGACCACAAUUCAGAAAGGAUUAUUUUAGAGAUAGAUGAACCAGCUUCUAAUCAUAAUGGGGGGCAGUUGCUGUUUGCCGACGAUGGAUUUCUAUACAUCUUUACUGGAGAUGGAGGAAUGUCUGGUGAUCCAUUUGGAGAUUUUGGAAAUGCUCAGAACAAGUCAGCACUCUUGGGUAAAGUGCUCCGAAUUGAUGUCGACAACAAUAACAAAGGGCCACUCUACAGAAUUCCUCCUGAUAAUCCGUUCAUCCACGACCUGAAAGCUCGACCGGAGGUUUAUGCUUAUGGAGUUCGCAACAUGUGGAGAUGUUCUGUAGAUCGAGGAGACCCGAUCACCAAAGAAGGAAAAGGGAGAAUCUUCUGUGGGGAUGUGGGCCAAAAUAAAUAUGAAGAAGUAGACAUCAUUGAAAGUGGGAAAAACUACGGCUGGAGAGCGAAAGAAGGGUUCUCUUGUUAUGACAAGAAGCUGUGUGCAAACAGAUCAUUAGAUGAUGUACUUCCGAUAUAUGCAUAUCCACACAAAAUGGGCAAGUCGGUGACGGGGGGAUACAUCUACAGGGGCUGCGAGUAUCCUAACCUCAAUGGAAUGUAUAUAUUUGGAGACUUUAUGAGUGGGAGGUUAAUGUCUUUGCAAGAGAACAGGCAGUCAAGCCAGUGGGACUACCAUGAAAUCUGCAUGGGAAUGGGACAAACAUGCAUGUUCCCUGGACUCAUCAAUAACUAUUAUCAGUACAUCAUUUCUUUUGCUGAAGAUGAGGCAGGGGAAUUGUAUUUCAUGUCAACUGGCAUACCAAGUGCAACUGCACCCUCUGGAGUAGUUUACAAAAUUGUGGACCCAUCACGACGAGCUCCGCCAAGAAAAUGUCACUAUGAUCCUUUGCCGGUUAAACUUAAAAGCAGGCAAAUCCAUUUUCAGCCAAAGGAAAAACUUAUAAUUGAAGUCCAACCUACGAAACGACCAAAGCCUAUUCCAAAGACAACUUCAGCUCCCAAACCAACAACCUCAGAUUGGUUUCAGGAGCUCAUGAAAAUUCUUCGCAAUCAGGAAAACACUUAUGUAGAGCAAACAACAGUGGCUACCACCACAAUGACAACAACGUCCACAACAAGAAGCCCACAAAAAGACGGCAGAGGACGAACCAGGCAUGGGCGAAAAAGAAAGGGAAGGCCACGUUCUGAAACUCUCCAGGAUGGAGCUUUGCGACUGGCGAAUGAGGAAGGCAGACGUGACCGUGGGAGAGUGGAAAUCUACAUUAAUAAAGAAUGGGGGACAAUCUGUGAUGACCUGUGGAAUGUGCAGGCUGCGGCUGUCGUCUGCCAUCAACUGGGCUUCCAGUAUGUUGUGAGAGCUUCUAAAAAGGCUGAGUUUGGAGAGGGAAGGCAUUUAAGGAUUUUACUAGAUGAUGUGCAGUGUGAAGGAAUGGAGACGAGCCUUCUUCAAUGUAAGCAUUCUGAAAUAGGGCAUCACAACUGUGGCCAUUAUGAGGAUGCAGGAGUUGUCUGUGGAAGCGGGCAGCUUACUGAGACGGAGGAGAUUGGCUUUUAGGUAUGAAGAAGUUCUGCAGGGAUAUUUCUUAUGUAUGUCUCAAACAAGACCUUACGUGUGCUACAUUUUUUUUUUUUAAGAUUAUUUUGUUCAGGUACUGAAAAUGAUGUAUUCAAAUCAAAUUUCAUAGCCAACUUGUUCCAAAUGAAAUGGGCAAAAACAAAAGAGUUUUUUUUUUUGGUCUAGGUUGCCUGUUAUCAGACCACCAAGUUCAUAGUGGUCUGUAGCCAGUAAUUUGUAAUAGACACUUAUUUCUUUUGUUGAUUUAAAAAAAGGUUAUUUUAUUGGAUUUAAUGCAACAAAAAAUGUAGUCUGAACAAUUCUGUACGAACAUGAAGGUUCAGGUAAGGUGGCAUUCAGACAAAUUAAAACUGCUUUGUUAUUCCAUUUCUGUAUUCUGUCAUGUAAAACACAAUACUCAUUAUUGUGCAUUAAUUGUAAAAGUCAUUUUAAAUGGCAUUCCAGGGAUCCAACAUGUUUCCAGUUCCCUGUUUCUUAGUCAGGGAUCCUACAUUUAGUUGAAUGCAGGCAAUCAGAUGGUGUGUUCUGUUACAAACACUAAAGAAUGAAUUCUAUUGUUCUUCAAAUGUGUUAGAUAUCUUUGUGAUGUGGAGUCUAUAAGUUUUCUCUUUGUCGCAGUGUGGGUUUUUCAAUGGGUGCUCCAGCUUUCCCCCCAAUAUCCCAAAGACGAGGUUAACUGGCAACUCUAAAUAGGCUCCUUAUGCGUGGAUGGGUCUUGGAAUAGACUGGCACUCUCUCAAGAGCUGUAGGCAUCAGCAUUAGUGACCAUAAACUGGAUUAAGUGGGUUCUGUGAUGGAUGAUGUGGACCACCGGGGUGCGUACAGAUGCCCCUAACCCGACACCAGUCUGCCACACAACACACGUUUUAUUUACAGUCGGGGAGCGCUUUUCUCUCGCUCCCCACAGCACAUUACAGUCCAAAGCUCCAAUAACAAAGGACAGUCCUUUUCCUUUCCUUCUUCUUCUUCCUCCGCCUUCACUCCUCUCCAGACAAGCUUCGUCCACCUCCUCCUGACUCUGGUUCUCUGAAUGGAGUGAGGCGGCUCUUUUUAUUCAGCACCUGGGAGGGCUCCAGGCGGUUCAUCAGGAUUACCUGGAAUCACUUCCAGGUGUGGUGGAAAUCCAUUGAAUUCCUCUGCAGCUCCCCCUGGCAUUCCUCACAGAACCCAACAGGGCUGCGCCAAACUCCGGCUCCCAGCGUGCCCUACGGGAAUCCAUGGUGCCAUAGCCCCCUCUAGCGUCCCAGGGGAGGUAUUGCCUCAGCGCUGUCUUUCCAUUCCAUUGGCGUCCCAACCCGCCCCACCACAAUGGCAAUAUCAUAUAAAUCCCAAAGGUACAGCUAAUGCAGAUUCUAACGAAACGUUUUACGUACAGUGAUCAACCCAUGACAUGGUAGUGUGAAAAGGAGCCUUCGAAAAUGGAUUUUAAUAAGAUUUCUGCCAGAUGAAAUCGUCAUCAAAAUAAAAUACACAAUGAAGACUGUUCAGAAACCUUCAAGCUCAUGAAACGAGGAAGGAAUUGGCCUUUGUGUUGGAAAUCAGUUGGACUGGACCCAGCGCUCAAUAAUCAUUGAGUUAAAGAUGUAUAAUAAGUGCAUUUUAACACACUGUGUCAAAUAUUAAAAAGCAAGAAAAACAUUGGGUCACCAGUUUACAUGUCUAAAGUUGUACCAUUGGUGAACAAGUUUAAUUUUAUUUCAGUCCUUUAUUAUCUGAUCAUAAUUAAGGAUACAUUUAUAGAUGUUCAUUUAUGACAUCUGGUUACACUUGUCACUCACUUACCCCUGUGUAAUAAUAAUAAUUCUUUGAGUAGUGAGAAAAGCGCUAUAUACAGUGGACCCUUGACUUACGAACUUAAUUCGUUCGCAAGGGCUGGUUGUAACUCAAGUUGGUUGUAACUCAAGACUAUUUUUCCCAUAAGAAAUAAUGGAAAUACCCAUAAUGCGUUCAGAACCUCGCAGAGCAACACUUACUUAACCUUUUCAUAAUAAAAAAGGGUUGUAUAAUGUGCAUAAUUUACCAAAACACCAAUAAUUUUUCUAAUGUACUAACCAAAAAGUUAUUAAAAGUGCCUAGCCUACCAGAAACACCAAUUUCAUACUGUACUCACCAUUUAUUUUGACAUCUUUGGGCUGCAGGAAGGGAGGAGGAAGAGAAUGAAAUGGAAGGUGGUUAUUGUUUAGAAGGAGCCUCCUUAUACAAAUCUUUUCUUUGUAAAAUUGUCAAGAUGGUGGAUUUCGACAUGCUGUACAUAUUAGUGAGAUCGGUUACACGAACAGCAUUCUCAUAUUUCCACACAAUUUCCUUCUUCGUUUCGAUUGUGAUCGCUUUCUUUACCUUCGUUACCUUCUCUUCCUUCCUUAGCAAUUAUGUGUCUUGCUUGCCAUGGUCUUAGUGAAUUAUAUAUAUAGAUAAAUCACUGCACUGACCGAAAUUACGUCCACAAACACAUGUAUCUGGGCUCUGACUGACGCUUACGAACGCUGUCGGCUGUUUGUUUACAAUCACGCAAGCGGAUACACGUGACCGCAUUCACGUUGUAACGCAAGAUGUUGGUCGUAAAUCAAAAUAAAAAUUUUGGUCGUAAAUCAAGUUGUUCGCAUGUCAGGCCGGUCGUAUAUCAAGGGUCGACUGUAAAUGCAAAGCGCUCAGCAAUUGCAGGUUAAGGGCCCAACAGAGCAGAGUCCCUAUUGGCAGUUACGGGAUUCGAACCGGCAACCUUUCCGAUUGCCAGUGCAGAUCCCUAGCCUCAGCCUCAGCCUGUGUGUACUCUUGUUGUCAUUUAGUCCUAAUGUUUGAUGCUUGGGUGUAAUCGCUUUGUCCCCUAGAAUAUCAAAAUCUUUUUGUACAUGUACUUUGGUGCAGAAUAAACUGCUGUCACCGAUGCAAAAUAUAAAUCGACACUCGGGCAAGUCUGAACCUCACUGUGACUUCACCAAGAUGGCUGACAGAAUUUCUGCUGCCAUUUUAGGAUGUCGGUAUGCAUUACACUAGCCUGCUGCUGUUUUUCUUACAUUCUCUGAAAAGGUACAACUGGAUAAAUGAAAUGCAGAAGGCAAUUCAAGUCAAAAGUAUGUUUUACAAGUAAAUACCGUAACUUGCCCAGGAUAAAGAACGCAUUGUCUUAUGUUAUUGAUCUUUUGUUGACUCUCAGGCUGUUACUCAAUAAAUCAAUUUUGUUUCUAAGAUAAAA